GACCCCGCCCUCCUCCUCCUCCUCCUCCUCCUCCGUAGCCAUUUUGGCUCAAGGCACUUCUGCCCCCUCGGACGCAUCCCACUUCUGGCCGCCAUGCCUGGCUGGACGAAGCGAAGGCCCCUCGGAGAGAACGGUGGCCAUGGAGACCGUAUGGCGCCCUCUGCUGAGCUCGCGCAGCUGGCGAGGUUCUCGCACUCGGUCAUACAGACAUUCGCCACUCACCAGGGGCGCCACGUCACCUCUUUCAGAGGUGGCUUCAUGUACGACCGGAAGCACAUGGAUUCCGACGCGCUGAAGGUCAUGUCGAAGAUCGCUAAGCUCGACCUGGCCUACAAGACAAUUCGACAUUUGCCCGAGGAGUUCUGCACCGUGCUCUGCACUGACCUGGACGCUGCUCUUCUUCGGAUUCGCCGCCCUGGUGGUCCAGCAGCCCCCUCCACAGUUGCCACGCGGCCAGUGGUCGAGCAGCGCGAGAGGCUGGCAUCGCCCACUUCCGCACAGAUCGAGGGCCGUCAUGUCACCACGCAUGUCGCUUUCAACAAGCUGGCGCCGGCUUUCGUGCCAGGGGGCGCUGCUGAGGUUGCGCCGUCGGUGUUCUCCAUCCCCGCGGUUUUGCAGAGUGCCCAGCAGUCGUACGACUCGCAGCUCAAUGCUCACGCGGCGCUGGUGGAGGCUCAGGAUAGCUCGCUCGGCACCCUCAUCAAGGAGAAGGAGGAGUUGCGGGCGCAGGUGCGCGCGGACGUGCCAGCGAGGAGGCGGAAGAUGGAGGUGCUCGAGGAGAAGAUGAGGGGCUGACGUGCUCGCAGUCCCUCUCCUUGCCUGGUGGCGAGGGCCGCUGCGGAGUCGGCCACGGAGCUCGCCCCGGAGAUCAGCGGCACGUCUGUUUCGUCUCGCGUGCGGGCGGCAGUGGUCAGUGCGAUUGAGCCGCGCCUGGAGUCCUCGAGCGGCCGCCGUGAUUCCAUGCUCAUGGCGAUCAGUGAUCAUGUCUCCCACCUGCGUAGGGCCGUGCACGAGAGCGAAGAGAAAGCCGAGGCAUGGGAACACAGCGUGGGCAGCACACGGCAGGAGCUUAUUGGGCUUAUCGAGGCACUGGAGGCGCGGAUGGCGGAGCCAUUCCAGUCGCAGCGGGGACUCUUCUCGAACUGCUCGGCAUCGCCCUCGCCAGUCCCAGGAGCGCGUUCACCGCAGGUGAUACUUUGCCGUUAUGGUCGGAGGCGCUGUCGUCCUGAACGCAGAUAACAACAUCCGGAAGGACGCGAUAUGGAGUCCGACCACUUUGAUGAUGGUGUCGAUGCGGGCCCCGAACGUGGCAAGGCCGCGUCUGCAGCCACGAUUCCCGGUGGACGCUGCGAUGGCCCCCCUCGCAUCGAACCGAAGGCAAAGCCGAUAGAUUACGGCGGCAGAUUUGAUGACAUCGUCGACGAUGCCGAGGCGGAGGUGGUUCAGGAUUUCAUAUUGGCUGGCCUGUUCGGCAGUCCGGCUGAGGCUGCGACGAGGACGGAUUUGCCGCCUGAGCCCGACCUGGAUUGAUGUUGUUCUGCCGCUCGCGGAGCUUCCUUGACGACUGGUUCUUCGGGGAUGGCGCCAACUGCCUCGUCUUCUGGUCCAUCCUUGUCGACUGGGUUUUCUGCUCUACAUAUGCGCGGGUGCCCUGCGCAGAGCCCCUCCUCAGCGGCUUCCACCUCAUUGCAUCCAUGUUGCUCUGCUUUCUCUCAUCACCCGCUCGGCGGGUUGCGGAUCUUCCAUGUUAAAUCGGAUCGGGACUCUUCCACGCACGCUGUGCCUCCUCC